AACUGAAGGAGGCAGAGGAAUGGUGGAGAUGUUGAUCAAGGUUGGUCUUUAGACACCAAGUUUCAAAAUUUCAUUGGCUUUCAGGGGCGAAUCCAGGAUUUUUUAAUGUGGGGUGGCUGAUACCAAUCGGCCACCAAACUAUACCAAACUAUACUAUAUAUACUAUACUAUACGAAACUAUACUAUGUAUUUAUUUUAAGUUGUCCUUCGUUUGUCCUAAAACAUGCCGAUUUAGAGAGGACAAAUUGGAGACCGUAACACUGCAAAUUCUUGAAACGUAUUUGUACAUUUUUUUGGACCCGCGUAUUUCCGUUUGUUUUUCCACGUAUUAUGUUUUUUUGGUGGGCUGUUGUAAAGGGAGGGGGGCAGGGGGCCAGCAACCCAAUCCACCCCCCAUUGGAUCCGCCCCUGGCUUUUUUAAAUUAGUUUUGCAAGUUUAGCUGAAACAUGUCUCAUCUGUCAUGAAAGUAGAAUGUCCCCUUCUAUUCUCCGUAAAUAGGGAAGUACCUUUUCAUUUUUCGUGUAACGGAAUCCAGACCCUCCCCUUCCCCUCCCUUUGCGUUCAUUACCACCCUUGAGUAAUUAAUUGACGAAGGGCAAGAGGCAUUUUUAGCGACAGGUCGGCCUACAAGACCCACAAGGGAGUUGACGCAGAGAGAGCAAGAGUUACAAAAACCGAGAUUUUCACCACGUUUUCCAUGAUGUGGACAUUGUCUUGUCAAAGGUAGAAGCGGUUACGAAAUGUACUGAUGCACGUUUAGAGAAGUCCAUACCAAGUGGUACAGAACUCUUAGCCUUAUCAAGAAGGUCUGCACACUUUCAAUUUCGCUCAAAUUUCUGUCAAACCAUGUUACAAAUUCCUGACUAAUCAACAUCCAGCCCCUUCCCGCCAAAAUUACCGGAAAUAGAACCCAGUCUUUUGAAUCACAUUGAUCACGUGCGUGCCCCUGGACCCCCCCACAUAUUGUUGCUUGGAACAAAUGCGAGUCGCGGUCGCAUGUCCGUCGUGAAAUUUUAGCUAAAAUCACUCCAAAACAGGAAAUUUGCCCGGCCCGAGGCCGAAACGACCAUUUCCAGAUACAGUACAUUCUCCUACCAGUCGACAUGAGGGAGCAAUUUGGGUCCAUGUACCGAUAAAAGCCCGUGGAUUUGGUCAUAUGCAAACAAGCACAGGGUCACCGGAGUUUAUGCUAAGGCGAGAACAGCGGUUCGUUUGGCCGCUGUCCGUUUGAAAUGAUGGAUGAUGGCAGCGCUAAAUGUCUUUUGGAUGUGAUAAACGACCCUACUGCUCUGCAGGAAUUCCUUAGAAGUAACAGCCAGGACAGCAGCCUGCCUUCAAAGAAUCCUCCUCAAGAUGCUGUUUCUAGAUCAUCUUACGUGAACCUGAAUCGCUUAGCGACCCCAACAUUAAAUACAAGUACAACUAGAGGAGCUGCUGUUGCUAGUGCAUUGCCAUCAAACAUAAGGGUUCCCUCUCUUGGAUCUGAAACAUCAUUAACUGGCAUCAAUUCAUCUGCUGCUCCUCAGAGCACAUUUGUGAAUGCAGUAGUUAACAAUAAUGGUAUUGCAAGAACUAGUGGAAGUACAAAUGCACCCUUCAAUGUUGGCAUUGUUCCCUCUGCAGUUCCAGUGUCAACUGGAGUUAGUUUUCUUAAGGCUCCUGGCUUGGAAGCCACUAGCAAUGCAGUCAACAAAGUUGGAAGCACUGGAUUAGCAAUUUCUGCUUCACCAGGGAUUGUUGCAAUACCCAAACCCUCUGUAACAUCUGUAUCAACAUUUCAAGGCAAAAAACCCAUACCUAUCCAGCCUAAAACACCCAAUGUUUCCUCUGCCGUGAGCAACUCAACAGUUGGAUCUCCGGGAAAUCGUGGAAUGCAGGUGAUAAAUUCAGGACUGCCUCUUGUUACGCAUGUUGCACAAAAACAGUCUGCUGGUGGACAGCAGAAUGUUUCACCAGGGCAUCGUGCUGCGUUAAAUGGAAUUGAUUCUAAAGCAAAUGUGAGAACUAAUGUUGCAGCUGGAAGUGCACAUACUAUUAAGUCGUCUCCAGGCAAUUUACAGCCAAUUCUUUCAACGACUCCUGUUAAACGAAUUGCUCCUAAACAGCCAAGUAUGUUACCUCAGACUAAUACCAUGUCAUCACCUCCUCAAGUAGUUGGUACCCAGCAUAAGAUACUUCUGCAACAAGUGUCGAAUCAAGUUACUCCACAGGUGCAAACUGUUGUAAACCAAGUUUCUCAAGGGAAUGUCCAACAGCAAAACCAUGCAACACAACUUAUCCAAGCACAACAACUUUUAAAUUUGAUAAGAAGCCAAAAUCCAGCAGUUCAGGUCUCUCAGCAGACAUCGCCCCAGGUCGUUCAAUCUCAGGCAUUGCCAGCAAAUCAAAUUAAGCAGAUUCAGCAAUUAGUUCAGCAAAAACUGUCCAAUCAGCAGCAACAGCCAUCAGUUGUACAAACUGUACAACAGAAGGUGCUGAGUCCGGCACAACUUCAAGCUGCUUUGAAACAAAAGCCACAGCUCAUGACACAAACUGUGCAGCCAACUCAACCACAGAACAUUGUUGUCCAAGAAGAGGUGAUCAAACAACUGCUUCAGCAAGUGACGCAGCAAAAACCUGCACAGAAUAUUGUGCAACCGCAGCAGUUGUUUCAGCAAAUACAGCAGCAGUCUCAACCUGUUCAGAAGCAGAUCAUAGUACAGAAUAUUCAACCACAAUCUGUUGGCCAAGGACAGCCAACUACACAGACUUUGCAGGUUAAUGUAAGUGCUCCAGCUAAGCAUUCUAAUGUCAGUCAAAGGACAGAUACUGUGGCCUCUCCUGUUAGUAUUCAAUUGCAGCAGGUUUUAAAUAACCAGCAGAAACAAGUGCACCAAAUUCUUGGUCAACAGCAGGUAAAUCUGACACCGCAGCAACAAAUCACAAAGGACCAAGGUGCCAGGCUACUUCAAGGAGUAACCUUUGUACAAAAUCAACCCAACAAAACCUCGACUGCGCAGGUAUUAAAUCAAGGAGGUAUUGUUCAGCAAGUUAACUCUGUUACACAGCAAGGAAAGUCAACCACAUCACCCGUUGUUCAAAUUGUGACCACAACACAACAAAACACUCUGCCUCAAGCACAGCAGGCACAGAAUUCAGGAGUUCAGAAAGUCUUUAUCAUAAAACAACCUGAGCUUUUACAAAAACUGGGGUUACAAGGGACCAAAACACAACAAACUAUUCAAAUUACUCCACAACAGCUUCAGGCUCUCAAACAGUUUCAGUUGCAACAGCAAGUCGUUAAACAGAAAAUUAGCGGUAGCAAUCUUCAAACGGCAAGUAAUGUGCAGCCCAAAAGUCUGACAGCAGAUCAGUUAAAACAGUUACAAUUACAGCAACAGCUGCAAGGCUCUGGAGUAAAACAAGUUGUCUUACAAACCAGAACACAACAACCUGUACUUCAGCAACAAAGACAAGUCAAUGUCAAGACACAAGGAAAGAUGCAGCACAUUCCUAGAAUUCUUCAGACCUCGGGCAGACAACCUGUGUCCCAGAGCAUCAAGGUUUCUGUGCCAAUCAAGCAGGAAACAAGUAAAGGGGUGAAACGCCCACAUUCUUCAGAGACUGCAGAUGUACCAAAAGCUGCUUCUAGGUUAAAACAAGGCCUUACACAAGAUCAACAGGCUGUGCUUCGUCCUGACAUAAAAUCAUCUUUUACCUCUCGUGAGGAUGUCAUUAAGAGGCUUACACCUUAUCAUGUGUGUUAUGACCCUAGCCCAACUCCUGCUGACGUUCAAAAAGCUGAUAGUCUCUACAGCUCUGUGUCAUCCCAACUUGUGAAACGUAGCCAAAAAAUGAUGGAAAAGUAUCGACAACUUUUGUUUGAUGAGAGUAUGAGGGAACAUCCAUCAGCAGAAAUGGUUAUGCUAUAUAGAGUGUUCUUGACUAAUGAACGUGCUGCACUGGCUGAAGAAAAAAAACUGGCGAAAGAAAAUCCUACGGAGCUUUUGAAUGCCAUCAAAAAGGGAAACAAACUUGAAGAGACCUCAAAUAGUAUUAAACCACUGGACACUCCUAUGGAGGAUUCACCUUCUGUAAAGGACACAUCUUCUUUAGUGACGUCAACCACUGAGAAUGACUUUGUCAGUAGUAUGAAAAAUACUGUGUCAGAAGCUUCUUCCAAAAUUUCUUCUCUAUUAAACAUAGAUAUGUCACAGCCAUCAAGAAACUCUUUGUCACCCACGACUGAAAUUUCUUCCUCAACCUCACAUCUUUCAACAAGAACACAUUCGUCAACUACUUCUAGUUCUGUCAACAACCACGUGUCUAGUUUCUCGUCAAAAGGACUUUAUAGCAAACAGACUUCCCAACUCAAAGAGCAGACUGAGGAGAAUCACAAGUUGUCGACAGAGUCACCUGUUGAUAUGCCGAUGGAUACAGAGUCUGAAAAAGAAGACGUUACUGCUACUUUGGCUCUACUCAAUUCAAUGGCAUCUGAACUGGAUGAAGUUUUGGAUGUAGAGGGAACACUUUGAGAGCAGAUAAAUUAUUUAGGCAACUCACUAUGAAUACAGAAUGAAACACACCCCUUGGGUAGUUAGUUAAUUCAUACUUAAUGUAAGAUCAUUAACUUGGUUGGUAAUCAUUUUAUUGGUGAUGAGAUAAGUUAACCACCAAGACUUUUCAAAUUACUUUAAAUGCUCAUGGUUAAGUGGCACUUCUAGGUGGGCUGCAGCCUCAAGAAAGAUGAGACAGACGUUGAGGUUCAGAAAUGUUUUAAUGGUAUAACAAACAAUUAAGAUUUAAAAACACUGAAUGCUUUGGAAGCUGUUGUAUGUUUAUUUCUUGAAAAAUGAUUGCUAAUAACUGACCUGGUUGUAAGCCACACCAUAUAGUUAUAUUCCAACUUUUGAACAAUAAGAUGCUGUCUGCAUGUGGGUAAUUAAUAGUAAUUCCCUCCCAGCAAUGUUCACAGGCAUUUCAAGCAUUCAAUGCAAGUUGGCUGUUCUCCAUACAGACAAUGAAGAUCACAGGAAAUUGACAAUACACCUUUUUACCAAUACGGCAGCCAUUUUGAAUUCCAUUGUUUCAAAUAGCUACUAUGGGAUGCUUGGGGGCAAAUUAGUAUGUAUUUGCCUCCUAAGCAUGAUAGCUAUAUAAAACAAUGGAAUUCAAAAAAUGGCUGCUGCAGUGAUAGAACACUGUAAUUUACUUUUUACAUUGAGCACAGAUCAUCAAGCUAAAUGUUGAUACUGUCACCAGUCACUGAUAAAACUCUUGCACACCUUGGAGUGGAUUUGAAAUGACAAGUAUUAUUUAAAUUUUAAGAACAGUGAUAAUAAUUUUUUCAGAACCAGAGUCAACUGCCAACAGGGUGACAGAUUUCACUGUAAUGUCUGGUAAGAUUAUUUUUGGAUCUUGAGAAUUGCAAAUUUCUUUUGCAAAAAAGCAUCCCUCUAGACUGCUGUAAAAAGGCCAUGGCCGGUUAUUUAUCAUUAAUGGCCACCUAACGUAGCUUUAAAAUGCUUGGAUCUGACAUUGUCUGGCUUUGUGAGCAGUAUCCUUUGCAGUACGUAUUGCGCAAAAUGUCAGCUGUUUUUGGGCUGUUGGUGGUUAUCUUAUCUUGUCAACCAUUUGUUGGUAACAGGAAAGUCUGUUUGCUAACCCUUUGAGUUAAUGCAGUAGUUCUUUUUCAGACUAACAAGUCGACAAUCUUUGACAACUGGGUCUCUUUUCACUAUAAGAACCCUGCAGGACGCUUCACUUAAACGCACACGAAAAUACAUGUACUACAAAUAGUUCCACUUAGGUGGGAAGUUGCUAAGAGAUAAGAGAAAAGCAUUCAUACAAUGGCUUUGAAAACUUGUCACAGUUUUCACAUUCGUUAUUUAUUCAGUCACAAAGAGUUCCUAUAGAUUGCUUCUCUCUUCUCACCAAGGUGUUGCUUCAGAAAAUAUCCAUACUCCCCAGCUGAAGGUGUUUUGGUUUGACCCCCUACCCCCNCU